UCCCGUUGUGGGUCGUUCUGCUGGUUGCGCUUGCAGAACCAGCGCGGGCCAUCAAUUUGAGAAAGAGUCUCCAAACGUUCAAUCUGACCGAAGAGGCUGAUGAGACACCCAAGAAUCGCUCGGCGCGUCAACUGAUGGCGACGCCAUGUGGCUACCGACCUCAGGGGGCUUGUCCCUACACACAACCCAUCAUUUGCCCCCCAGGAAGUAAUCUGGAGAAUGGCCGCUGCAUAGUCCGCCAAACGUACUGUCCGGCCGGCUAUCAACUGAUUGGUAACCAGUGCCAGCAACCUGUUUGUCCCACCGGGUACCAGAUGUACAACAACAUGUGCCACCGUAUUCCGGCCGAGUUAGCUACUCAGUGUACUAAGGAUACAAAAGUUCCAACCUGUGCAACUAAUUACACGUUCACCGGAACGCAGUGCAUGAAGCAGGAAUCUCAACCCUCCCAGACGGAGUCCAUAACUUCUACCAAUAUCGCCCCUCUUGUCUGUCUGCAAGGCUACACCCUGAGUCAGGACAAGUGCAUCCGGUAUGAUCGACAACCGGCCAGAUGUUACCGAGGUGAGCUACGACUUGGAGAUUGCGUUGUGGAUGCGGAGUGUCCAGUACAGUUCAGGAUGGAUGAGUACGGUCGUUGCGUCAGUGUUGUAGAUGUACCAGCGGUCUGUCCGAACGGAACUGUACUCAACGGUGGAGUAUGUCAGUAUCCUAACCCGAUAUGUCCAGGAAACUAUACCUCCGUUAAUGGACGAUGCGUUCUGGAACAUUCGGUGCCGGUCCAGUGUCAGGGUUCUUCGCGCUUUGUAGACAACUACUGCGUAGUAUCGGAACCGACUUGUCCAUCGGGCUUCACCCUCAACAACAGCCAGUGUGUGCAAACGCGACAAGAUCAAGCCAGAUGUCCACCCGGAAGUUACAUGCAAGAUAGACAGUGCAUCACCAAAGAAGUGCGCUGCUCCUCUGGAGUUCUUCAGGAUGGAUACUGCGUUGAGCACGACCGACAGCCAAUCCGAUGCCCACCGGGAUCGCGUUUCGAGCGAGGCUACUGUGUGUCGGAUCAGCCUCUGUGCCGCGGUGGUUACGAGUACGACCAGCGGUACGGACAGUGCGUAAAGUACGACCGUCGUCCAGCCAUUUGCGAUAAGGGCUUCCGGUACACCGAAGGCGAGUGUGUCAGUGAGCGUGUUUCGUGUGAUGCUGAUUACACUAUCAAAAAUGGCGAAUGUGUACGAGUGGAACAUAGUGUCGAAAAGUGCCCAUCGGGAAGCUAUCUGCUUCAUGGUAGGUGCGUACAAUCAACCCCAAGCUGUGAUCGUGGCUUUGAGCUCAAGGACGGAAUAUGUGUUAUGCAAGAUCAGAGGGCGCCAAUUUGCCCCGACGGAUCAUACUACCGUGACGGAUACUGCAGACUGGCUGGCGGACAAGCAUGUUCGGCUGGAUUCCUACUGAAGGAUUCCCAGUGCGUUAGAGAGCAGUCGGCUCAGCCGGGUUGUCCGAGUGGAUUUGUCUACAAACGAGGAUACUGCCUUGCCCUACCAACGUGUGACAGUGGGUACGUUCUGGAGCAAGGAGUUUGUCGGCAACGCAUGGUCGGACCAGUCUCGUGUCCGGAGAAUUCAAGGUACGAACAAGGCAUGUGCAUAAGCAAUGAUCUUGAAUGCAUUUCUGGAUUUGAACUACGCGAAGGAACGUGUGUUCGCGUACACAAGGUUAACCCAACCUGUCCACCGAAUGCCGAGUUUUACCAAAACCAGUGCCGUGUCAAGACAACAGCAACGUGCCCUUUUGGAGCAACUAUCAUGAAUGGCGAAUGUCGUAUGUAUGAAACGGUGCAGCCGACCUGUCCUGGAGGCACAUAUUUCCAAAAUGGUGCCUGUUAUGGCGCUAUGCAACAGCUUCCGGCCUUACCAACUCCAUGCGCAACUGGAUGUAUCCAACAGCAGCAGCCCUGCGCUGGAAUCUGUAACCAACAACCGUGCGGAUACAACUGGAUGUGCGGAGCUGGAUCAUGUGGAUCUUGCGGUGUUGCUCAACAGUUAGUACAGCCAGUCGUCCAGCCAAUUGUUCAGCCGCAAGCGCUGAUCGGUCAAACAGCGCCGGUGGCCGCAACCUGUGCUGCUGGAUUUGAGAUGAUCGGUGGAAUGUGUACCCGCAGCUACACUGUCGCAAUGCAAUGUGCAGCAGGAUCUCAACUAGUGAACAACGAGUGUGUGUACAAUUACCCAAUGAGUUGUGCAGAGGGUACGAACAUGGUGGAUGGACAGUGCGUUCAGUACGAACGUAUGCCACCAAACUGUCGAGCUGGAUUCCACUUGAAGAACAACAGGUGUGUUUACAUGUAUCCGGACUGCAGCACCGGCUAUCGAUUGAUAAGUGGCAUAUGCACUAAACUUGUUGAGAAGCCUUCGGUUUGUCCGUCAGGCAUUCGUAAGAUGAAGAACUACUGUGUCGCACCACCGGUUUGUGUUUCGGGAUUACAGCUGCGUGACAAUGUCUGCCAAAAGGUAGAGUACGAAGUACCUCGUUGUCCCGUGGGUUACAUUGUUCGAGAUGACUUUUGCGUGGCUGCUUUCACAUGUUCCGAAGGAUAUCGCUUCGCUGACAAUUAUUGUGUUAAAAGCGAACAACGGACCCCUGUUUGUCCGACGGGUGCAAGACUGAUAGACAACCAGUGUGUUGUUCCUGGUCCCACGUGUGACAAUGGUUAUGAUCUUCGCAGUGGAACAUGUACGAAGAUUCACCGUAAGCCUAUUUCUUGUCCACCGAACAGUCGCUUACAGCAGGACGUUUGCGUUGGAUCGGCUAGGUGUGACCAAGGCUACCAGAUGAUCUCGGGUCAAUGCUCUCGGCCGGAUCACAUUCCAGCACAGUGCCCGCAUGGAUUCUUCAUCGACUACAACCGUUGCGUUUCUAAGGAUCUGAUCUGUCCCAGCGAGUACCGCAUUGAACGGGAGGAGUGCGUUCGAGAUCGCCACGAUGCGGUUUCGUGUCCAGCGGGUUCUACCCUGCAGGGCAAUGUUUGCGUAGCAGGUCAACCAAUUUGUGAGGCUGGAUUCAAGGCACAACAAGGGGCAUGUGUGAAGCAUACCUAUCAAAUGCCGCAGUGUCCUGCGCAAACGGUCAUGAUGGGUAGUUAUUGUGUGCGUAAUCCGGAAUGUCCCACAGAUUACCGUUUCACUGGUGGCGUUUGCGUCAAGUUACAGUACGCUACUAUCCACUGCACUGUGGGAACUCUGCUGGACGGCAAGUGCAUUGCUCCAGGUCCCAACUGUCCGGAUGAUUAUAAUUUUGUAGAGAACCACUGCAUUCAAAACCGUUACGAGAGCCCGUCUUGUCCGGAUCGAAGCCGGCUCGCGCAGAAUUACUGCGUCGUUGAUCGACCUCAGUGUCCCGAAGGAUUCAAGUACAGUAGCUCGAUGUGUAUCAGAGCCAUUUCGGUUGCGGCCACAUGCCCUCCAAAUUAUACCCUGCGAGAAGAACGUUGCGUAACCGACCGAGUCGUCACGCUGCAGACUUGUCCCAGCGGGUACAGCCUAAAGGGAUCGCUGUGCGUCAAGGUGGAAUACACUGCGGUUUCUUGUCCAGCAGGAUACAAUCUGGAGAUGGGACUUUGCGCGAAGACGGUAUGCAGCGAUCCUGUUCAACCUGUAGCACCCAUCGCACCCCUUCCCGAUGUUGGUUUUCCAGUGCCUUACCCUGGACAAACCAUCAGCUCUCAAAUCAUAGCUGGACAAGCAAUCAGUCCUGGCCCAAUCAUUUCAACUGUUAUCAGUACCGAUCCAAGACCCGUAGAUGUGGCCAUCACCGCUUCAGAGCCCAGCGGAGAUAUUUUCGAUGAUUUCUUUGCUAAUUUGGGUAAUACCAAUCUGCACUACGUUGCCUCUUCCGUCGGAUCCAGCGCAUCGUGGCAGGGAAUUGACAGUGCACCGUUGGUGAUCAGCAAUGAAACAAGAGAACAGGUUCACAGCUCCAACGAAGAAAGCGUGGUGGCUGUGCCGGUGCAAGCCGAAUUUUACUCCUGCACGGUGAUUUCACCGAAGAUUUGUACCAAAUACGACGACGAGUGGAGCUGUACUAAUAAGCAUUUUGAGAACAUUGAAUCUCGCUACUGCCGUGAAGGUCAAAACAUUACGCUGACGGUCGAAAUUUCGGACUAUGACGACGAGAAUGAGGUGCUGGUGAUGCCAGUUCGUACCGAUGAAGCUGAUGAGGAUUACACCGAAGAUAACGGAGACGAAGAGGCUGAAUAUGAUUGUUCCGACUGUACUGGAGGGGACUACGACUGUUCCAAGUCCUGUUACGAUUACUGUCCAGGAUGUAGUCACUAUCUGAACGUGAACGAUUUUUGCGGCGAAGAACCGAAACCGACCGAAGGAUGCUCGAGGGAGGAUGGUUGCCGAGGGGACAACUGUGUUGACUGAAUGGUGUCGAGCUUGUGUUAGUUCAGUCUUUAAUGUGAAAUUAGGUUUCAGUAGGAGCCUAGGAAAUUAAUCAUAAAACUUGUCGAAAUAUGUUUU